AGAAGAAGAAACGCGGUGACGUAGUUUGCUCUGCGACACAAACACCGUUAUUUUCAAUACAUCCCUGUUAGCAUGUAGCAGCUGUACAAGCGACUUUUCUGAAUUGUUUUACUGUCUACGAUAUUUAAACGAUAAUGAGAGGUUUACCGACGACCCAAUGAUGAUGUGACACACCAGCCUCGUCUCAGUCGGUGGUGUUGUGGAGCAGUGCAUGCCCAGGCCGCAGGAGGUGGAGCAGGGCAGGUGGAGGGUCUGAGCUCUGUUGUCCGGGAUGGACGCCUGGACCCCCAAUCCCCGAGCCAAGCCUUUCAUCCCCCGCCAGCAAAGAAGCUUGUACCUCACCUGGAAAUACAAGCUGACCAACAAGAGGGCGGUUCGUCGGUUCUGUCAGGCUGGUGCUGUGCUGUUUCUGCUAAUUACUGUCAUAGUCAACAUUAAACUCAUCUUGGACACCAGAAGAGUCGCCAGUGAAGAUGCAGCAGCUCAAGAAUAUGAGGACAUUGUUCCCAACAUGGAGACGCCACGCAGGCCGGCUAGUGGACGCAAAAUCCUGGACAUUGAAGUGUACUCCAGCCGCUCCAAGGUCUACGUGGCAGUGGACGGCACCACAGUGUUGGAGGAUGAUAUGCGGGAGCAGGGCAGAGGCAUCCAUGUGAUAGUUCUCAACCAGGCAACUGGCCAUGUGAUGGCCAAGAGGAUAUUCGACACCUACUCCCCCCACGAGGAUGAUGCCAUGAUCCUCUUCCUCAACAUGGUGACCCGGGGCCGAGUCCUCAUCUUCACCAUAAAGGAUGAAGGCACGUUCCACCUGAAGGAUGCUGCUAAGAACCUGCUGAAGACUCUGGGCAGCCAGGUGUCCCUCAACCUCAGCUGGAGGGACAUGUGGACACUGGUGGUGAAGAAAGGAGGUCAGGUGUAUGGAGAGAAGCACUCAAAGUCUCCAGCUCUGUCCACCUGGGGGGACCCGGUGCUGCUGAAGACUGAGGUGCAGCUCACCGCCUCUGAAGAGGCAGAGUGCCACUGGGCCGACACGGAGCUGAACAGGAGGAGGAAGCUCUUCUGCAGCAAAGUGGAAGGAUACGGCAGCAUCUGCAGCUGCAAAGACCCGGCGCCCAUCGAGUUCAGCCCUGACCCCCUGUCCAACAAUAACGUCUUCAGUGUCCCAGUGGCCGUCAUAGCAGGGAACAGACCCAACUACCUCUACAGGAUGCUGAGGUCGCUGCUUUCAGCUCACGGCGUCAACCCGCUGAUGAUAACGGUCUUCAUCGAUGGAUAUUAUGAGGAACCCAUGGAUGUGGUAGAGCUGUUUGGACUGAAGGGAGUUCAGCACACGCCCAUCAGCAUCAAGAAUGCCAGAGUGUCCCAGCACUACAAGGCGAGUCUUACUGCAACCUUCAACCUUCAUCCUGAAGCCAACUAUGCCAUAGUCAUAGAAGAAGACCUGGAUCUCUCCAUCGACUUCUUCAGUUUUCUGAGUCAGACGGUCCACCUGCUGGAUGAGGAUGACAGUCUGUACUGCAUCUCAGCCUGGAACGACCAGGGCUAUGAGCACACAGCAGAAGACCCCGCCCUGCUCUACAGAGUGGAGAGCAUGCCCGGCCUGGGCUGGGUGCUAAAGAAGAGCCUCUACAAGGACGAGCUGGAGCCCAAGUGGCCGACCCCUGAGAAGCUGUGGGAUUGGGACAUGUGGAUGCGAAUGCCUGAGCAGAGGAAAGGCAGAGAGUGCGUCAUCCCCGAUGUGUCCCGCUCCUACCAUUUUGGAAUCAUCGGCCUCAACAUGAACGGAUAUUUCCACGAGGUGUAUUUCAAGAAACACAAGUUCAACACUGUUCCCAACGUGCAGCUGAAGAAUGUUUACAGCUUAAAGAAGGAUGCGUAUGAAGUGGAGAUCCUGAACCUGCUGAAGGAAGCAGAGGUGCUGGACCACAGCAAGAACCCGUGUGAGGACUCGUUCCUUCCAGACACAGAGGGGAAGACCUACGUCAUGUUCAUUAAGAUGGAGACGGAGACAGACACCUCCACCUGGACAGAGCUCGCCAAGUGCCUCCAUGUUUGGGACCUGGAUGUUCGGGGAUACCACAGCGGCCUGUGGCGGCUCUUCAGGAAAAGAAAUCAUGUCCUGGUGGUGGCCGUGCCAAUCUCCCCAUACUCUGAGAAGAAACCAACCGGUGUCACUCCCAUUCAGUUAGAUCCUCCGCCCAAAGAAGAGGGAGCCGUGGUGGAUCAGGUGUAGCCCCGAUGUUACACUCUGUCGCACACAUGCACACUACAACCAGCCCAGGCCUUAACUACAACAACAACCACUAAAAAUCCAGCCUGGGACCCACAAAAGACGUUCUGACUUUUCCUAGAUUGUGUACGAGGGGACACCUGGGAAAUGGAGUUUCUUAUUUUUCAACGAAAGAGGGGUUAACACUACAAACUGCACUACUACAUCCGUCCAACAGCUUGAGGAGGAACGUUGUUGCAAAAAACAGUUUUUGGUGACUGAACAACCGAGACAGUAUAUGACUGUCAACAGCUGUCUCUUUCUGUUGCUGUGACAACUGUGACGGCUCCACGGUCUGUUACAUUUCAUUUCAAGCUGUGACUUUUUCAGCGACAACGGUACAAAUUACGCAAAUCAAACACUCACCACAUUUCGGAGGUUGUUGUGUUUUUUUAACUACUACUUUUUGUACAUACGUUUUAACUUAUCUCUAUUUAUUUUACAUCUAUCAAUCAAAAAAGGAGUUUAGUGGUUUGUUUGCUAUUUUCUUUCCUUUUUUAAAUAUUCACUUUUAUCAAGAUCGGUGCAUUUUUUUUUUUUAAAAAGCCUAACGUUUACAGAUAAUGAAAUAAUAAUGUAUAUACAUGCCUAUAUAUAUUUUUUAAUGAAAAUGUAAAGGGUCAGCAUCUUUUUAAGCGUUCGAUAUUGAGUUUGAGUGAAAGAGUUCAUAACAGACCUGUGGGAUUCAACUAUAAUUUACUGCUCGGGUCAGCCUGAUCAGGUUUCAUGAGGGAAACUCUACGGUGGCUAAUAAGGGACAAAAGAGAGAACAUAUCCAUUCAUUUAGCAAUAUGGCUACUCUGAUUCUGCCAUAGUCAUGCUUUUUAAGCUCAAACAAAACAAAUUAUUAAAACAAUUAUUUUUGCUAAUUAUACAUUUUUGAUCAGAUAGUUCCUCAUAUUUUAUUAUUUAUAGAAGUUCAUGCUUAACCUUCAAUUAUUAACCUCAAAACAAAUCAUAAAAUACAUUUUUCUAGUUUAAUUUUAGUCCUCUUUAUUUUGGAAAAAACUGUCCUUUUUUCUUUAAGUUAAAAUAAAUAAACAUUUCAGUCUUACAAGUCACUGCAUAUUAUCUUUUACAAGGAGCCUGUUCUCUGUGUUGGCCUCUGUCAGCCACCGUAGGGUCAGAACAGAACGUUGUGACUUUACACGGUUAAUAUUUAUGUAGGUGCAAUACAGAAAGCUCAUCUCGGUGUUUGCAGACUACAGGUAACUGACUGCUUCCAUUGCUGAACUAUUUAAGAGCCACAGAACAGACACAUAUUCGAGGGUCUUUGUGUGUUUUAUGAAUUAAAACAACUGCUGUCCUCGAAUCAAAUAGCAGCAGGGUGAACUCAUCUCUUUUACAGCUGACAAAGUGAUUUUGUUAUUUGCCUUAUGAUCAGUUUUCUGUGGUUAAGAAGUUGGGAGGUUCUAAAACAUACAGUAAACGUCCAUAUGUCAACAACUGUAUUGAUACUCCAAUAUAUGACAGUUAACAUCUUUAUACACGAAAUAAGAAAGAUCAUGGUUGCUGCUAUAGUAUUAGGGUGAAUACAAAUAUCCAAAUUGAUCAAAUUAUGUCAGCGACUCUCACAGCUGUGUCCUUACCAAGAGUUUUUAUGUUCUUGUUCUAUCAUCACACACUUCAUUUAGCUUUUUAUUUAAAUGUCCAGUAACACUACCGACUAAAUGAAUGAGUGUGUGAUUCCAGUUUCAAUGCAUCGAUCAGUAUUCGCAGAGUGGUUUGAUUUUAAUAUUUGUAUCUGUGUGCCCAGAGAACAACAUUAACUCUCUGCAGUCAGACAAAACCACUGACUCCGCAGUAUUGCAGGCCGUGUCGUGACUGAAUUCAUCUCUGUUUCAUUAAGACGUUGAAGAGGUAGAAUCUGCCUCCUUCAUGAGCUAGUUUUUCAUUUUUGUCUUUUCAUUUCACUUUUCUUUUGUGUGCUUCUUGUUUAGUCAAGAAACUAAAUCCCUUUCUCCUCAGCAAUACGGUUGAUUUUGUGUUGUGCUGUGAGAUCAUUUGGAGAAUUCUGCAACGUACGUUUGAUGGGUUUCGGGUGCAGUUCCACAUAUGUUUGAGUCCCUUUAUCUUUUAUCAUGAUAAAUGAAUAAAGAUGUUUUUUACUGACGUUU